GAAGACUGCACAGACACAUCGUAUCUUUUCCACUUUUCUAUUUUAUAUAUCAAUUAUUAGACGCACUCACUCUCCACUUUCACCACACAGACCCUCUUUUCCCUUAACCUAACCUAACCUCUCCUUUCCUUCACAUCUCUUCUCUUUAUUUAUUGUAAUAUACAUAUAAAAAUGGCAGAAGACCAGAAACCAGAGGAGAACCAUCAAACCCAAUCCCAAGUGACUGAUGAAAAACACCAUCAACCUCAAAAGCAUAUGUCUCCACCACCAUCAUAUAAAAGUGACCCUCGCCGAACUAUCUGUACAGUCAUCACCAUCUUUCUCCUCUUAGCAGGCCUAGCAGUUUUCAUAGUCUGGUUAAUUUAUCGACCCCAUAAGCCCCGUUUCACUGUACUCGGUGCAGCCAUCUAUGAUCUUAACACUACAUCUCCACCCUUCGUCUCCGCUUCCAUGCAAUUCACUAUUGUCACUAGAAACCCCAACAAGAGAGUCGCAAUCAUAUAUGAUAAGCUUUCGGCUUAUGUUUCAUAUAGAAACCAAGCGAUAACUCCUACAGUGGUGUUGCCUCCACUUUAUCAUGACAAGAAAAGCACGGUGGCGCUCUCUCCAGUUCUGGGUGGCGCCCAAGUGCCGGUAUCGGUAGAGGUGGCAAAUGGGUUGGUGAUGGAUGAGAGUUAUGGAGUGGUGGCGUUGAGGGUGGUUUUGUUGGGAAGGUUGAGAUGGAAAGCUGGAGUUAUAAAAACAGGGAGAUAUGGAGUUUAUGUGAAGUGUGAUAUUUGGGUUGGUCUGAAGAGAGGUCUUGUAGGUCAAGUGCCUUUGCUUGGUUCUCCACAGUGUAAAGUUGAUGUAUGAAAGUUACUAAUCAUGCAUAUAGGGACACUAAAGUAAUAAGGCUUUGUAAGCUUUUUCUUAAAUUUGGCCUUCUUUCUGGGUGGCUUUCCUUUUUGAUGAAAUUCAGUCUCAUCGUUUUUUAA